AUGAAGGCUUCAAUUGUAUGCAUUGUUGCCUUGCUUAUUCUUUCAUGUUCAUCAAUGAUAAUGGGAGUUAAUUAUCAUGAAGACCAUUGCCAUGACUACCAAGAUUGUGAAAUAUGGUGCAAACAAUAUGUUCCUGAACCUAAAUGUAUUAACCACAUAUGCGACUGUAAACCUCCAUCUUUGACCUCUCGAAGAGCUCUCAGCGUCGUCAUCUGA